CCUCUUUCAGCUGAUAUCCGGAGUGGUGCCAUCUUCCUUGGCCCUGAAGUCAUGGCCUUAGGUCUCCUGUGGCUGGGCCUUGUCCUGCUGGGGGUCUUGCAGACCCAGGCCCAGGACUCCACCCCAACCCUGAUCCCAGCCCCGCCUCUGCGCAGGGUCCCUCUGCAGCCUGACUUUCAGAAUGUGGAGUUCCAGGGGAAAUGGUACAUCUUAGGAUUGGCAGGGAAUGAAUUUAAUAAAGAAAAACACAGACAGUUUAAGAUUUACGCCACCACCUAUGAGCUGAAUGAUGACAACAGCUACAAUGUCACCUCUACCCUGGCCUGGAACCAAACCUGUGACCACUGGCUCAGAAUUUUCAUCCCAACCUCGCGGCGAGGCCAAUACAACCUGGGCAACAUUGAGCGGUACACUGGAAUCCAGAGGUAUGUUUUACGAGUGGCGGCCACAGACUACAUCCAGUUUGCCAUGUUGUUCUUCAAGAAAAUUUACAGAAACCAGGAGUACUUCAAGAUCACCCUCUAUGGGAGGACCAAGGAGCUGACCCCUAAGCUGAAGGAAAACUUCAUCAGCUUUGCCAAAUCCCUGGGCCUCACAGAUCACCACAUCAUCUUCCCUAUCCGCAUAGAUCAGUGCAUGGAUAAGUGA